AUGGAGAAGAAAUCACCCGAGAAGGCGGGUGGUAGUACCUCUACAGUGGUGAAGCACAAGAUUGUACUAUUAGGUGACCAGUCUGUAGGCAAGACAAGCCUUGUUACUCGUUUCAUGUACGAUACCUUCGAUCAGCAAUAUCAGGCAACAAUAGGAAUUGACUUUUUCUCUAAAACAAUGCAUGUUGACAAUCGCACCGUUCGAUUACAUGUUUGGGACACUGCUGGACAAGAACGUUUUCGCUCACUCAUUCCAAGCUACAUUCGUAAUAGUUCUGGUACUCUCGUUGUGUACGACAUCACCUCCCGUCCAUCCUUCCUUAGUACUUUUAAAUGGAUUGACGAGGUUCGUGCAGAGCGCGGGGAUGACGUUGUUAUCGUACUCGUUGGCAACAAGUGCGAUGCGCAGGACAAGCGCGAGGUAAGCACGGAGGAAGCUCAGAAGAAGGCGGAGGAGUAUAAUCUUAUGUUCAUGGAGGUGAGUGCGAGGCAGGGGACAAAUGUGAAGGCGCUCUUUAGGCGCAUGGCACUCGCACUGCCGGUGCUGGACGAGACCAAGGGCGACGUUUCCAACAGUAACCACACUGGUGGUGUGGCAAUGGGAAAACAACGGGACCCAUUUCUUCUUACACCGUCACGUUCGCAGGAAGUGAAUCGAAACACAGCGGAGAAUGCUGGUCAAGGGAGGUGUUGUUAA